CGCGUCGGGGUGGGGGCGGCGGCCCGGGGCGGCGUCGGCUUGGGCCCGGCUGCUUUCCGGUUGUGUGGAGGUCUCCUGGCAGCCGCGCUGUUUCCUUGUUUGCGGUGCUGGCGGUGCGAUUUAGGACCCUGAAGAGUCUCUGUUUUUUUCCUCUUUUGCAGUAGUAAAUCCAAUUAUGGAGACCCUGACACUUCAUAAUGGGAUAUAAUUUGAAUUCCAUGGGAGUGUGGUUUUGUGUAGGAAUUACAUUUGGAAAGUAGUGAGUUUUCAAAAAGAUUGUGAGGAGUUCACUGCUGGUCCAUUAUGGGUGAGCAGGAGUUCUGUUGGUAAUACAUUACUUUGUUAGGCUUUGGUUAUAAAACUGGAAAGGACUAGCUGUGCAUUUGACAUUCUCUACUGAACGCCUAGUGUGAAGAGAUGAGACAUUUCAUAUGAAGGUUUUAGCUAUCAGGAAAUACUGCCACUACUCAUGCACAAAGCUACCUCUCUAAGAGUUGCCCCAGAGACUUUGUCUUGAAGAACUCAGAGUAUGAUGGAAGAGAGCGCCAUCUUGUCAAAUUGGACAAAUGACAACAAGCAAAAAAUGAAGUAUGACUACUCUUGUGAACUCUACAGGAUGUCUACAUACUCGGCUUUCCCCAGCGGGGUCCCCGUCUCCGAGCGGAGUCUUGCCCGUGCUGGUUUCUAUUACACUGGCGUGAAUGACAAGGUCAAGUGCUUCUGUUGUGGCCUGAUGCUGGAUAACUGGAAACAAGGAGACAAGCCCAUUGAAAAGCAUAAGCAGCUCUACCCUAGCUGCAGCUUUGUUCAGAAGCUGGUUGUAACUAGUCUGGAGCCCACCAGUAAGACGACUUCUCCAGUGAAAAGUAGUUUUGUGCAUUCAUCAUCUCUCCCUUUGGAAGCAGGUGGCUCAUUUGGUGGUUCUUACUCCAGCUUUUCAACAAACCCUCUUAAUUCUAGAGCAGUUGAAGACCUUUCUCCAUUGAGGACUAGCCCUUAUCGUUAUUCCAUGAGUAGUGAAGAAGCAAGAUUUCUUACUUAUCACAUGUGGCCCUUAAGCUUUUUGUCACCAUCAGAACUGGCAAGAGCUGGCUUCUAUUAUGUAGGACCUGGGGAUAGGGUAGCCUGCUUUGCUUGUGGUGGGCAGCUAAGCAACUGGGAACCCAAGGAUGACGCUAUGGCAGAACACCGGAGGCAUUUCCCCAAAUGUCCGUUUUUGGAGAAUUCUCUGGAAGCACUGAGGUUCAGCAUUUCAAAUCUGAGCAUGCAGACGCAUGCCUCUCGAAUGCGGACAUUUAUGUACUGGCCAGCCAGUGCUCCAGUGCGUCCAGAGCAGCUUGCAAGUGCUGGUUUUUAUUAUGUAGGUCGCAAUGAUGAUGUCAAAUGCUUCUGUUGCGAUGGUGGCCUGAGGUGUUGGGAAUCUGGAGAUGAUCCCUGGGUGGAGCAUGCCAAGUGGUUUCCAAGGUGUGAGUUCUUGAUCCGCAUGAAAGGGCAGGAGUUUGUUGAUGAGAUUCAAGCUAGAUUUCCUCAUCUCCUUGAACAGCUACUGUCAACUUCAGACCCUCCUGGAGAAAACAGUACUGACCCACCAAUUGUUCUUUUUGGACCUGGAGAAAGUUCUUCAGAAGAUAUGGUCAUGAUGAAUACACCUGUGGUUAAAGCUGCCUUAGAAAUGGGCUUUAGUAGAAGCCUUGUGAAACAGACAGUCCAGAGUAAAAUUCUAACAACUGGAGAGAACUACAAAACAGUUAAUGAUAUUGUAUCAGCACUUCUUAAUGCUGAAGAUGAAAAAAGAGAAGAGGAGAAGGAAAGGCAAGCUGAAGAAAUGGCAUCAGAUGACUUGUCAUUAAUUCGGAAGAAUAGAAUGGCUCUAUUUCAGCAGUUGACAUGUGUACUUCCUAUCCUGAAUCAUCUUUUAAAGGCCAGUGUAAUUAACAAACAGGAACAUGAUAUUAUCAAACAAAAAACACAGAUACCUUUACAAGCAAGAGAGCUGAUUGAUACUGUUUUAGUUAAAGGAAAUGCAGCAGCCAACAUCUUCAAAAACUGUCUAAAAGAAAUUGAUUCUACGUUAUAUGAAAACUUAUUUGUGGAAAAGAACAUGAAGUAUGUUCCAGCAGAAGAUGUUUCAGGUCUGUCACUGGAAGAACAGUUGAGGAGGUUGCAAGAAGAACGGACUUGUAAAGUGUGUAUGGACAAAGAAGUUUCUAUUGUAUUCAUUCCUUGUGGUCAUCUGGUAGUAUGCCAGGAAUGUGCCCCUUCUUUAAGGAAAUGCCCUAUUUGCAGGGGUAUAAUCAAGGGUACAGUGCGUACAUUUCUCUCAUAAAAGAAAACUAGGCUGUAUGUUACAUAUGUAAAAAAAAAGUCUUUAAAAUAUUGGAUAUUUGGAGCCACCUGAAGUAAAUGGUAUGAUUGGUUCUUCAAUUAGUAGUGUUCAUGUUUUGCUCUGUUGUGGUAUUAAUACUUUUGUUUCCAAAAAAGAUAGUAAUAUGUAUUUAAUUUUAGAAUCUGUUCUUUGCAAAGCAAGAUUUCUGUUUGAUGAUUACUCCCCUGUGUGGACCAGGGAGGAAUGAAAGGAGUUGUGUCUGUGCUUCUUAGGAAUUAUUUCAGGAGUGACUGGAUUUGGUAUUCCUUCUAAAAGCUUUGAGUAGUGUUCCAGGAGUGUGGUUUAAAAGAACUGGAAACUGGGAACUUGAGCUCAUCAGAAUGAUGGUGCCAAAUUCUGUUUGGUGCUUUUUACUUGUGUUGUAAAUUAAGGAUUUUUUCCAUUUGGUGUUAAUAAGUUUACCCCUAGUUUGUGAGAAACAUUUUAAUAAAGUGUUUUGAAAGGUUUGCAUCAUCAAAA